CGGCGAGUGAAGUGACAACGCAGCUAAUAAACAAUUAUUGCAUCCAAACCAAAAGUCGCCAAAGGCUGUGGAGACUCCAAUGGUCUCUGCGCUAACUUUGCCCGCUUGACGGCGUCGGAACGCUGCCGCAGUUCAUGUCCACACUCGCCGCCCCGCCCAUGCCUAUCUCUCGUUUUCCGAUUCCACCGCAUUCCGUUUCGUCUCUGCACUGGUAAAGAAAUUGUCCGAUGGGAGCUAGACUGAGUUUGAAUAACCACAAGCCAGGCUGCAACAACAUCUCCCUUGAAUCACAGGGCGAGGCAUGCAAGAGACAGAGGACUUUAGAUAGCUUCUGGGAUGAAAACCCCCGCCUGAUUCCAAGCCUUCCUGAUGAGAUAUCGGUUCAAAUUCUCGCCAGACUUCCAAGAAUUUGUCAUUUCAAUGCAAAACUUGUCUCGAAAAGCUGGAGAGCUGCUCUGAGAAGUAGAGAGCUUUAUAAGAUAAGACAAGAACUUGGAACAACAGAGGAGUGGCUCUACAUAUUGACCAAGACUCACGGCGAUAAGCUUGUCUGGUUUGCCCUCGAUCCUGUGUCCAAGAUAUGGCAAAAGUUGCCAUUGCUGCCAAACAUUGCUUCAGAAGAAGGAACCCGAAGGGGCCUGUCCAGCCUUAAGCUAUGGAACAUUGUCGGAUCCAGUGCUAUUGCGGAUGCUAUCAGAAGCUGGUUGGGAAGGAAGGCUGCGCUGGACCAAAUCUCAUUUUGUGGUUGUGCUGUGGGAGCCAUUGGCGGCUGUCUCUAUGUGUUGGGUGGAUUUUGCAGGACUUUGGCCAUGAACACUGUCUGGUGUUAUGACCCGAUCGUAAAUGCUUGGACUGAAGCGACCCCCAUGUCUACAGGACGAGCCUACUGUAAAACAAGUGUCUUAAACAACAAGCUUUAUGUUGUUGGAGGUGUUACUCGCGGCCGUGGUGGUCUAACCCCUCUCCAGUCAGCCGAGGUUUUCGAUCCCUCUUCCGGGACAUGGUCCGAUGUGCCGAGCAUGCCGUUUUCAAAAGCCCAAGUGCUUCCAACAGCUUUUCUUGCCGACCUGCUCAAGCCCAUUGCGACUGGAAUGACAUCAUACAGGGGAAAACUUUACGUACCUCAGAGUCUAUACUGUUGGCCCUUUUUUGUCGAUGUUGGAGGAGAGGUAUACGAUCCAGAAACAAAUUCAUGGGUCGAAAUGCCCGUAGGCAUGGGUGAGGGAUGGCCUGCAAGACAAGCUGGAACAAAGCUAGGCGCCAUUGUAGAUGGGGACUUGUAUGCUUUAGAUCCAUCCAACUCGAUCGAUAGCGCUCAGAUCAAAGUGUACGAUCACCAGGAUGAUUCUUGGAAAGUUAUCGAAGGAGAUGUGCCUAUUCAUGACCUAACUGAUUCGGAGUCGCCCUAUUUGCUUGCCAGUUUGUUAGGAAAGCUUCACGUGGUCACCAAGGAUGUAAAUAAUAAUAUCUUGGUCGUUCAAGCCGAUAGGCAAAGUAGAUGUGAUCCCGGGGCGUCUACAUCUGCUUCUUCAUCGGCAGCAGCUAAUUUAGGUGAAUCCUUGCAAGAAUUUUGUGAAACCUUACCAUUUUCGUCUGAGAAUAUUUGGCAGGUCGUCGCGUCGAGGAGCGCUGGAUCUGCGGAGCUUGUUAGUUGCCAGAUUCUGAACAUCUAGCUGGAUCAAUUGAUUAAAGACAUAUGGUAUGUGAUCGGUUUUAUUUUCGUACAUUCAUACUUUUGGGACUACUACUACGAUUAUCUUUAGCUUACCUGUAUGUAAGUAAUGCUCUAUCGUACGUACAUUACAUAUAUAUACAUACAUACAUAUAGAUAUAGAUACUACUACUAGGGUAUCAUACGACUGCUGCUAUAACUGUUAGAUUUGAUUUUAUGUGCUUCAUCA